AUGUUAACCGCUAUUAUCUGUUGCACUUUACUUCUAUGCAGUGCCGGGGCUGAACUGCUGCUAACAGUGACUCCCGAAAUUGUUGAACCGGGCAUCACUCCGUUUUUCACUCUGCGCUGUUCUCUAGCUGAAUAUGAAGAAGGAAACAUUGCAGCACUCGCUCUCUAUAGGAGAUCUAUAACCGCUAAACCAGGAAACACAACGCCUCAGCUUGUAGCUGAAAUACUAGGGACAUCACCGACUAUUCCAUCGCUGGUUCCUGGGUUUGAGGGACUCACAGUCCAAGGACAAAUCUCACCGAUUGAGGAAGAACUUGAGACUUACCUGGAAGUUGUCUGGCCAAAUCCCACUAUCUCUGAUUUAGGUCUGUAUUCCUGUGAGGUGACCGUUCUCAGCGAGACUGGAGGAGUAACAACCCUGGUGGAAGCAAGGGUGACAUCAUCUAACGCCGUGACUGACAAACUCCUGGCUACUGUACUUGCUCUGGAGGAGCAGUUCAAUGUGCUCAACCAGUCUGUACGCGAAAUCUACGCUGAGAUAGACAACAUUACCCUGGCUCUGGACACAGAGAUCAGACCAGCAGUAGAAUCCUAUGGAGAAGUGAGAACUGUUGAGAACAUCACAGAAGCAGAUGUAACACCAGUGAGGGACACACCGACAGAAGAGAAAACACUGACUGAGGACAUUGAGACGGCUGAAACACCCUCACAGCCUUCAGAUGUGGAACUGAACAGAAUAACUGAGGGUCUGGAGGAGCUCAAGAGCAGACUGGAGAACAUCAAUGACACUCUUGGACGUAUAAAUGUUGUCAUCACUUCACUGACAGAACGUG